AUGGCGACAAUUAUAACGGCUGUAUCAAAUAUUGCAAAUUUUGCAAUAAAUCCUGUAACAUUAGCUGGGAUUGUUCCAUUAAUUGCUGUUGGCAUGACCGUUUUUCAAUAUUCAACAUUUGAUCCAGAAAGUCAUCCAAUUAAUGUUAAACAGAUUUUACCCGAAUAUGAUUUUGUAAUAAUUGGAGGAGGUUCAGCAGGGGCUGUGGUAGCAAAUCGUCUAUCGGAGAUGUCAAAUUGGACAGUGUUACUGUUAGAAGCUGGUGGGGAUGAAAAUGAAAUAUCGGAUAUACCCGCAUUGUCAGGUUAUACUCAACUAUCAGAUUUAGACUGGAAAUAUCAAACAGCCCCACCAGGAGAUUCUCCCUACUGUUUGGCAAUGGUAGGUGACCAAUGUAAUUGGCCACGAGGAAAAGUGUUAGGUGGUUCCAGUGUACUAAACGCAAUGAUAUACGUUCGAGGUAAUCGACAUGAUUACGAUAACUGGGAGAAAAUGGGUAACACUGGAUGGUCGUGGGAAAAUGUCCUACCAUACUUUUUAAAAUCGGAGGAUAAUCGUAAUCCAUAUUUAGCAAAAACACCAUAUCAUUCCACCGGAGGUUAUUUAACAGUCCAAGAACCACCAUGGCAUACUCCGUUGGCUGUAGCAUUUUUACAAGCGGGAAUGGAAUUAGGUUACGAAAAUCGUGAUGUAAACGGAGAGAAACAAACAGGUUUUAUGAUAUCACAAGGUACGAUUCGUCGCGGAAGUCGAUGUAGCACAGCGAAAGCAUUUUUACGUCCAAUAAGACUACGUCAAAAUUUACAUAUUGCAAUGUUUGCUCAAGUUACUAAGCUAAUGAUUAAUCCACAAACCAAGCGAGUUUAUGGUGUUAAAUUUGCACGUAAUAAGCGUUUUCAUAAAGUACGUGCACGCAAAGAAGUAAUUUUAUCAGCGGGUGCUAUUGGAAGUCCACAAAUAUUGAUGUUAUCUGGUAUUGGACCUGCGGAUCAUCUUCAAGAGUUGGGGAUCCCCGUACUAAGUGAUUUAAAAGUUGGCCAUAAUUUGCAAGAUCAUGUGGGCUUAGGUGGAUUGACAUUUAUCGUUAACGCCCCAAUUACAUUCCAGAAAAAUCGUUUCCAAACUCUUUCGGUUGGCCUGGAAUACAUAAUGAAUGAACGUGGUCCAUUAACAACCCAAGGUGUUGAAGGUUUGGCGUUCGUUAAUACAAAAUAUGCAAAUAAAUCAAUCGACUGGCCUGAUAUGCAAUUUCAUUUCGCUCCAAGUUCGAUUAAUUCCGAUGGCGAACAAAUUAAGAAAAUUACUGCGUUACGUGAUCGAGAUUAUAAUACAGUUUAUAAACCGUUAAAAGAUGCCGAAACAUGGACAAUUUUACCUCUUUUACUACGUCCAAAAAGUUCUGGUUGGAUUCGUCUACAAAGUACAAAUCCAUUCCAAUAUCCAAUAAUCAAUCCAAAUUAUUUCACACAUAAAGAAGAUAUUGAUAUAAUCACGGAAGGUAUUCGUAUCGCACAUGCGAUAUCGAACACAUCAGCGUUUCAACGUUUUGGUUCACGACCUCAUCGAAUACCAUUUCCAGGAUGCCGUAACUUUGAAUGGGAUACCGAUGAAUAUUGGGAAUGUUGUAUACGACAUUUUACAUUUACAAUUUAUCAUCCAACUAGUACGUGUAAAAUGGGACCCGAUACAGAUCCUGAUGCGGUCGUGGAUCCUAGAUUACGUGUUUAUGGUGUGUCAGGAUUACGGGUUAUCGAUGCAAGUAUUAUGCCAAAUAUAGUAAGUGGUAAUACAAAUGCUCCAACAAUUAUGAUUGGCGAAAAAGGUUCGGAUAUGAUUAAAGAAGAUUGGAUGAAUAAUUAUGGUAACGAACAAAUUCGGUGA